UUAGUUACUGGCUACCAUGGUGAUGACAUAAACACAGAGAUUGAUAAAGUGUUUAGGUAGCUAGCUUAGUAAGUUAAGUAUGAUUGCCACUGAGAACCUAUUCCCCUGUGACCUCCACACCAUCACACCAUUCGAGGUCUUCCUCCCCACCCAAUCAUUUGAAGAUUACAGGAUAGCUGGACGGAUGGGAGAGGGCACAUUCUCAGAAGUGCUCAAGUGUCAGAGCAUGGCAGAUGGACAACUCUAUGCCUGCAAGAAAAUGAAGCAGAAAUAUGACACGAUUGAGCAGGUCAACAAUCUGCGUGAGAUCCAAGCACUGCGUAGACUCAACCCUCACAGUAACAUCAUAGACCUCAAGGAAGUCAUAUUUGACAAACGCACUGGAACACUGGCCCUCAUCUGUGAGCUGAUGAGUAUGAACAUGUAUGAACUGAUCAGAGAUCGACGGAGUCACCUGGCAGAGUCAAAGGUCAAGCUCUACAUGUACCAGCUCUGCAAGGCCAUCUACCACAUGCACAGAAAUGGCAUUUUCCACAGAGAUGUUAAACCAGAGAAUAUUUUGAUCAAAGACAGUGUGUUGAAGUUGGCUGAUUUUGGCUCUUGCAAGAGUGUCUAUUCGAAGCUUCCCUACACAGAGUACAUAUCCACGAGAUGGUACCGACCACCCGAGUGCUUGCUCACUGAUGGACACUAUGAUCACAGAAUGGACAUGUGGAGUGUGGGCUGUGUCGUUUAUGAAAUCACUAGCUUACGGCCACUGUUCCCUGGUACCAACGAGGUGGACCAAGUGGCUCUGAUUCACCAGGUGUGUGGAACACCCUCACCCACUGUGCUACAGAAGUUCAGAAAACAUCAAUCUAGACACAUGGAGUUCAACUUCCCCCGGCAGUAUGGCAAGGGCAUAGCAGGACCUUACAUGAAGCAUGCUAGCAAACAGUGUUGUGAUCUCGUCACUCAACUGUGUGCCUAUGAUCCUGAUGAGCGGCUCACGGCUAAACAAGCACUCAGGCAUCCUUACUUCAAAGAUCUCAGGGAGGCUGAGAGGCGUGCUAAACAGAUGGUGACCAGUCCAUCCCUGGUGAGUGAUGUCACCUCAACCAAAACUCUCAGCUCAUCCAUUAAUAGUCGGAGAUCGAGAGGCAAAGCAGCACCACGCCACAAGUCAACACACAGGGCACCACACUUGCCACAAGUGCCCGAGUUCUUUGCUCUGAAUUCGUCACUGGGUCCAAAGGGCAAAACUGACAGUUUCAAGCUGCCUCAGAUUGACGCACGGACGUACCGCGGUCUCAACCCCGCCCCAUCAAACAAGAGUACAGCACAUGGAUCUUUCCUACCAUCUCUCUACAAUGAAAAAGCAAAACACGCCCUCUAUCCUGGCAUGACUGGUAGACACGCCCACGCAUCACACAGACACCACCCACUCCCCAAAUCAUUGCAGCCCCCACACCUGGCACAGCUGCAGGGGAGAGAUCCUGUAUAAUGAAUGAACUGUAAAAUGACUUUUUACCCAAAGUCUGUUAAAUCAUCAAUUUACGCAUGUAUAAUUAUUGUUCACUGCAAGUAGACACUUCAUUUGUGCACUUCAAGAAAAAAGUUAUUAACAAAAAUAAAA